GUUGUGGGAGUAGUCAGCGGUUGGUUCAGACAGAAUUGUAGUUGAGUGAAAACAGCAGCUCCGGACUCAGCGUUUGACUCAGCGAGGAACAAGGAGCGACUUCAUUCUGCAUUCUCCUCACAGCUACGGACUUGACUGUCGAGUUGGCAAAGAUGUUUCAGAUAAAAAAGAUUUGUUGCAUUGGUGCUGGAUAUGUAGGAGGCCCAACAUGCAGCGUGAUCGCCCAGAUGUGUCCAGGGAUCACCGUAACUGUUGUGGAUAUCAACGAAUCCCGCAUCAAGGCCUGGAACUCGGACACUCUGCCCAUAUAUGAGCCUGGUUUGAAAGAGGUGGUUGAAUCAUGCAGAGGGAGAAAUUUGUUUUUCUCUACAGACAUAGACUCAGCCAUUAAGGAAGCAGACCUCGUCUUUAUCUCUGUUAAUACUCCCACCAAGACCUAUGGGAUGGGAAAGGGUCGUGCAGCUGACCUCAAGUACAUCGAGGCGUGUGCUCGGCGAAUCGUCGAAGUGUCCGAUGGCUACAAGAUUGUCACAGAGAAGAGCACAGUCCCAGUUCGAGCUGCUGAAAGUAUUCGUCGUAUCUUUGAUGCCAACACCAAACCCAGUCUUAACCUACAGGUGUUGUCCAAUCCAGAGUUCCUCGCAGAAGGAACUGCUGUGCGAGAUCUGAAGGAGCCUGACCGCGUCUUGAUAGGUGGUGACGAAACACCUGAAGGUCAAAGAGCAAUCAAAGAGCUGUGUGCCGUCUAUGAGAACUGGGUUCCCAAAGAAAGAGUCAUCACCACCAACACAUGGUCAUCUGAGCUCUCCAAACUGGCCGCCAAUGCAUUCCUGGCACAGCGAAUCAGCAGCAUCAACAGUAUCAGUGCUCUGUGUGAGGCCACUGGAGCUGAUGUGGAGGAGGUUGCCAAAGCCAUUGGCAUGGACCAGAGAAUAGGCAGCAAGUUUCUCAAAGCCAGCGUCGGUUUUGGUGGAAGCUGUUUCCAGAAGGAUGUGCUUAAUCUGGUGUAUCUGUGUGAGGCCCUUAACCUGCCAGAGGUGGCCACUUACUGGCAGCAGGUGAUUGACAUGAAUGAGUACCAGAGGCGGCGGUUUGCCUGCAGGAUUAUUGACUGCCUCUUCAACACUGUCACUGGCAAAAAGAUUGCACUCCUCGGCUUUUCCUUCAAAAAGGACACAGGUGACACUAGAGAGUCGUCCAGUAUCUACAUCUCUAAAUAUCUGCUGGAUGAAGGAGCCAAGCUGUUCAUCUACGACCCAAAAGUCCUUAAAGAACAAAUCAUUUAUGACCUCUCCCAGCCCAACAUCUCAGAGGACAACCCGGAGAGAGUGAAGGAGCUGGUGACUGUAACCACAGACCCAUAUGACGCCUGCCAGAGUGCACAUGCACUGGUCAUCUGCACUGAAUGGGACAUGUUUAAGGAACUGGACUAUGAGAAGAUCUUCAAGAAGAUGCUGAAGCCAGCUUUUCUAUUUGAUGGUCGCAGGGUGCUGGACCAUCUCCAUCCUCAGCUCCAGAGCAUUGGCUUCCAGAUCGAGACCAUCGGUAAGAAGGUGUCGGCAACAAGAAUCCCCUACAGCGCGACAGGUGCCAUCGAACCUCCCGUCAAGAAAAACAAAGUUUAAAAACUUGCCUCACCCCCUCAUCUCACACACACACUUUUCUCUAGCACAUUCACUCUGGCUGGUGUAACUGUGCAUCUCUCUGAUCUGCUAAUCAAAAAGCUAAACCGUGUGACUAACUGCUCCCUGCAGUGAGUAGGACAAGGUUGUUGAAACCUUUCAGUCGGUGACUGAUCAGCAGUAAAUCAUUCCAAACACAAACAUUAAUUUCAUGUGAACAGCAUUUAUAAAUCAAACAUUUCAUUGUUUUCAAAGAAACACUAUUAGACGAUCUUCUUAUGGCAUUUACUGUAUAAUCAAAUAUUACGAUUUUUAUACUAUUUUUUUAAAAACACAUUUGUAUUAAUCAUUUUACUAUGCGUUUAUCAGUAUGUCUCAGCAGCUGUUGGGACCAAUGCAAUAAAAUGUGAGGUGUGUUCUUAA